UCCAAAGCACAUUAGCAUCAAGGAGAGAGAUGUCUGUGUCUGAGACCAUCGAGCUUGCAGGGCUGGGCCGCCCAUUCCAACUGGGAAUGCUGUAUGACUGCAGGAAAGAUGUCCUGAUCCCAGGUACUACACUCUGGGAUGGCGACAUGCUGCAGAAGAACAUUAAUAUCCGACCACAACCAAACACUGAGUUCAAGAUCAUUGCCUCAGAUUCCACAGAGAGCAAGGCAGAGGCUCUGAAUGUGUGUGCAUCACUUGAGGCAAGCUUUAUGUGUGGGUUGGUGAAAGUAAAAGGGUCUGCAGAGUUUCUGAAUGACAAGAAAAAAUCGAAACAACAGUCCAGAGUCACUCUUCAGUAUCGCACCACCACACGUUUUGAGCAGCUUACAAUGGAACACUUAGGGGUUGGAAAUUUCCAACACUGCAAUGUCUUCCAGGAAGGAUCUGCCACACAUGUGGUGACUGCAAUAUUGUAUGGUGCUAAUGCCUUCUUUGUGUUUGAUCGUGAAGUCUCUUCGAAUGAAAAUCAUCAGGAAAUACAAGGAAGUCUUGAGGUAGCAAUCAAAAAAAUCCCACUUGUAUCUAUUAAGGGAGAGGCAUCUUUGAAGAUGAGUGAAACAGAACAACAACAAGCAGACAAAUUCAACUGUACAUUCCAUGGUGAUUUUGCAUUGGAGAAUAAUCCUGUCAGCUUUCAAGAUGCGAUCAAGGUGUACUCACAGCUUCCACAGCUGCUGGGAGAAAACGGGAAACAAGCUGUACCCAUGACAGUGUGGCUGUAUCCCCUCAAAAAUCUGGACUCGACUGCAGCCCAGCUUGUGAGGGAGAUAAGUGUAGGUCUGGUGCGCCAUUCUCAGCGCAUCCUUGAUGACAUAGACGAGGCUGACAUUGAGUGCCAUGACCUGAUGAAAGAGGAGAUAGCCAUCCACUUCUCUGAGAUUACAACCAAGCUUAGGAAAUUCAAAGACCUGAUUUCUGAAUACAAACUGGUAUUUCAAAAGAAGCUUUGCAAAUUACUUCCCACUAUUCGCGGAGGGGGGGCAGAGGAGCAAGAGUUGGUGACUACCCUGAACAGCAGAAAGAGAUCCCCAUUCCAGACCGCAUUAAUCACAGAAUAUCUGAGUGACAGAGAACGUGAGAUGAAUGUUAUCAGAUCCUACCUUGAGAUUAUGAAAGAAAUCAGGGUGAUUAAAUCCAGUAGUGAACUGGAUAAAGUUGUCCUCAAUCCAAGAAAUGACUUUGUAGUGGCUUGUGUGUUCUCAUCCCUCAGUGGGGAUACAGAAUAUCUACAGGAUUUGGAAAACUAUCUGAAGGACGAGGCAAAGGCCAAUAGGUCUGACACAUCUUAUGAGGCCCAAAGUGCUUGUAGAAAGGAACAAUGGUUUCGCUCUGGGGAGGUGACCGCUCUUACCAGGCAAAGCAUUCGCCUGUUCCUUGAUUUCAAGCAGUCCAACCAAGACAGAGAAAACAUUGAGUUUUGCAUAGGAUCCGUUCCAAACAAGUCCAUCACAGCCUCCUCAAUUCAUGUGUAUGAGAAAGGGACACUUCUUGAUUCUCAGUUUUUGCUGCCCUCCACACCUCCUAGCCCGACCCUUUUGAGACAGGAACAUGAUCGUGUCCACUUGCAAAUCCACCCCCCAGCCACAGGAGAACCUUUUGUGGAUUCUUAUCGAAUCCUGUACCAGACGUCUGAGUCUGACUGGAAGGAGAUAGGCACUGAUGGAAAAGUAACAGAUUUUACUGUUAGUCGCUUACAGCCUCAUACAGAGUACCGAUUUAGCUGUAAGGCAGUGUGUCGACCUGGAGUGAGCCUUGCUAGCGAUGCGACAGACUUCAUCCAAACACGUCCGUGCAGCCCUCCUGGUCCACCAGAGGAGAAACGUUCAUCGUCUGAGAGCAUUACUAUUACAUGGGAUAUCCCAACAGCAGUUGGAGAAGAUGUAACAGUCAUCAGCUAUGAUGUUCAAUACAGACAACACAUGGAAGAUGACGCUAAGAGCAAACAAUGGGAGUGUGUACAAGCCACAACGAGGGAGUGCACUUUGGAAGGACUGAAGAUGAGUACCACCUACAGCAUCCGUGUUUUGGUGAAUACAGGGAAAUCAGGAAAGAGUCUGCCAAGUCCUGAAAGGAAUAUUUUUACAUUAGCACCUGACACCAAGCCCCCAAAAACGAAAUCGGCACAGGGCAAGAGUGAACAUUUUCUGCAACAAUCGAAAUGUCUGGAAAAGGACAACCCAUUUGUAUAUCAGGUAGAGUUAGAAAGGAAAUAUGGAGAGAAUGUUGAUUUCUCGCAAUACAUGUUUGGUAGGAAGGUGGAAGAUGUGCAAAACAAGGUCAUACUACUUCUGGGAUCUACUGGUGUAGGAAAAACAACUCUUGUCAAUGUGAUGAUAAAUUACAUUCUGGGGGUUAAAUGGGAAGACCAGUACCGCUUCAAACUGAUCCAUGAGGUGACUAACCGGACACAAGCAGAAAGCCAGACAUCGCUGGUCACAUCCUAUGAGCUCUAUAACCAACCAGGUUUUCAGAUCCCAUACUCACUUACAAUUAUCGACACACCUGGGUUUGGAGACACCAAAGGAAUGGCGCAAGACAAACUGAUUACAAAACAAGUGAAAAGUUUCCUGUGCAGCCCUUUAGGGGUUGAUCACAUAGAUGCUGUAUGCUUUGUCGUUCAGGCAUCUCUCGCCCGCCUCAGUGCCAACCAGAAAUACAUCUUUGACUCCAUUCUGUCUAUUUUUGGAAAGGAUAUUGGCGAAAACAUCAUGGUUCUUGUAACAUUUGCUGACAGUGACAACAUUCCAGUUUUAGAGGCAAUUAAGGCUGCAGAGUUGCCAUGUCAGAAGAACAAGAAGGGCCAACCCACCCACUUUAAGUUUAACAACUCUACCUUAUAUGUGCAGAAAAAGGAAAUGGACAGAGGCACUAAUGAAGACAGUUCAGAUGAAGAUGAGGAUGAUGAUGAAAAUCAGGAAAUUAUGAAGAGCAUUAUCUGGUCAACAACCUUCACACAGAUGAAGUUGUUCUUCAAGGCCCUUGGUAGCACAGAGGGCAAAGAUCUCAAAAUGACAAGGAAAGUUCUUGAAGAACGUGAACGUCUUGAGAAUGCCACUGCUAGACUGACCCCUCAGAUCACAGCUGGGCUUGCCAAGCUCAGUGAGAUCAAAAGCUUUAAACAAUGCCUGGAGAAUGAGAAUGCGAUGAUGGAUCAAAAUAAGGACUUUGAGACGGAAGUAGAGGUACUGACAGCAAAACGGAACAACGUGAACUUCUUUGCAACAAACUGUAACAGUUGUAUGUUUACAUGUCAUUCUGGUUGUUUCCUUCCUGAAGGGGAUAAUCUCCUCACAUGUGCUGUGAUGGAUGACCGUGGGAAGUGUGUGGUAUGCCCAAAUAACUGCUCUUCCCAUCAGCAUCUCAGAGAGAAAGUCUUGUGGAAAUAUGAGACAAAGAAGGAGAAAAAGACCAUACAAGAGCUGAAGGAGAACUUCAUGAAAGCACAAGUAAAAUUCAUGGACACCAAGCAGAUGCUUGAGGAAUUGGAGAAUGGAUUUCAUGUGAUUGAGGAGAAACUGAUGUAUUUGAUCAAGCUGUCCUCUAACUGCAUGAAGAGACUCAAUGAGAUUGCACUGAAGCCAAGUUCUAUGUCAACCUUCUAUUACAUUGAAAUACUUAUCCGAACAGAGGAGGAGGAGAAAAAGCCUGGGUUUGAGGAUCGAAUCAUUGGGUUGAAGAAAAUGAAACAGGAAGCGGAAACUAUACAUAAGAUUGCAAGCGGAGAAGAUGUACUGCCACAAGAGCGCCACAUGGUUAAACACAAUAUAUAUUUUUGAUUAUGUGAACAAAUAAUAUUUUUUUGUCUUCCAUGCUUUGACUAUAGGCAAUGUUAACCCUAGAUGGUAACUGGCAAACAUUCAGCUAAAAAUAAAUCAUCAGUAAAACCAGCUAACAAUACCUAGCUGGCGUGCCACUUAUAAAUUUGAUGAUUGGUAUCCUACUCUAGAUGUUAAAGCAAUAAAGGCAGCAGAUGUACCCUGCCACAAGAGACAAUUUGUUUGAAGUUAAUGAUGAUGGUGAUAAUGAUGACAAUUUGAACUAAUUUGUGUGGACCAACACUUUUAAGUAAUUGAGCAAAUUUUUCACAUCCCAAAACACGGAGCAAAGACUUGACUCUGACCGAGAAUGUUCUUGAAAAGCAUGAGCGGCCAGACAAUGCCAUUGCAAGUCUGACCACAGCUGGGCUCUUUAAAAGUAUCGAAUGCCUGGAAAAUGAGGGAAAGACCUUGAAGGAAAAUGAAACACAACUGGAUGUGCCAUUAUUUGAGUCAAAUCAGUAGCCUUGUCACAAACAGCAAUACGUUUUUUUUCCCAUGUCACUCUGAAUAUUACCUUCCUGAGGCCAAAGAUAUCCUCUCAUGUGCUGUGAUGAACACAGCAAAUGGAUGCCUUAUGGACCAAUGAAACAAAGGGGAAGAGGAGGACUGUUAAAAAGCUGAAGCACAACCUCCUCAGUACAAGUACAUUUAGUCAUUUAGCAGACGCUCUUAUCCAAAGUGACUUACAGUAAGUACAGGGACAUUCUCCCCGAGGCAAGUAGGGUGAAGUGCCUUGCCCAAGGACACGUCAUUUUACACAGCCGGGAAUCGAACCAACAACCUUCUGAUUAAUAGCCCGACUCCCUAACUGCUCAGCCAUCUGACCCUGUAAAAUACAUUACAGAAGAGCUAGAGGAGCUUCAGUAUAAACUUGAUUUGAGUGAAAGUGUGCUGCUGAAACCCAUCAAACAGGUCUCAAACUGUAUGCACAGACUGCAGUGAAGAUGGAAAUACAGUGAUAGUCUACCAUCGACUAUACUGGCACACUGAGUCGCACUGAAGUGGAUGACCCAAAAGUCUGGUUUUGAAGACCAAGUAGUUGUACUAAUUAAAAUGAAACAGGAGUCUGGAAUUAUGGAUGGAAUUGCUACUUCGACAUGAACUGUGCAAGAUCUGAGAGAAACAAGAACUGUGCAUGAUCUGAAAGAAACAGGAAGUGUGCAUGAUCUGAGAGAAACAGGAAGUGUGCAUGAUAUGAGAGAAACAGGAAAGACAUGUAAGUAAAAGGAGAGAAUGGCAAACCUUAAAUUCAACAACAUUAUGCCAUGUGAUGAAUUCUAACUUAAAUUUAUGUAUGUCAUUGUGUGAAAUUAAUUUUAAACAUGUAACAUUCAUGAAGCAUUACUAGUUUACAUUUGCUAACAUAUAUUAUUUAAUAAUUGCUACAAUGUUGUACAAAUACAAAGUGUAAUAUUUGCAAAGAAUAAAGCUUUUCAGAAUUAGUUGAUAAUCUAGAACAUGAAAAACAAGAGAAGAUUAUGAAGAUGAUCAUGAUACAAGCACAUCUGAUUAUGCACAAUGAUGUUUAUGGAGAGAGAGCAUUGUAGUAAAGAAAUGAUUAACAAUUUCACAUUUACUUUCUUAACUGUACUUAUUGCCCAUAAGAAAUUUCAUUAAAUGUUUUGAAUGAUUAAUUUGGUGUAUUUAUGAUGUCCUCUAUUCAUCAAAAGUAAAUUUUGACAUUUGGUCAGACUUUUACAAUAAUGAAGCAACUCAAUAGUAGUUGACAUGU